GUCCCCUUCGGGGUGACAUACGAAAAAAUUGGAACGAUACAGAGAAGAUUAGCAUGGCCCCUGCACAAGGAUGACACGCUUUCCCGGAGUGGUAGAUCUACGGAUCUCAAUAUUUAUUUUAUUCGUUCCAGUAGUAAAUCUAUGUUAGAGAUUUGA